AUGGGCUUCUCCAAACUUUUCAUUGUUCUUCUCAUGCUACAAGUGCUUUUAGCGGUGGCAUCAACACAAGAAAAUACUGCACAAAAAUCAGACCUAUUCCGUGAAUAUAUUGGAGCAGAAUUCAACGGUGUCAAAUUUACAGACUUACCCAUCAACCCCAAUGUCGAAUUCCAUUAUCUACUUGCAUUUGCAAUUGAUUAUACCACUUCAUCUUCUUCAUCCCCCACCGAUGGUAAAUUCAAUGUGUUCUGGGAUACAGAUAAUCUCAGCCCUUCUCAAGUCUCUUCAAUCAAGAGUCAACAUAGCAAUGUCAAAGUAGGUUUGAGCUUAGGAGGAGACAGUGUGGGAGGAGGAAGCUGUUACUUCAGCCCUUCUUCGGUGGAUUCAUGGGUUUCAAAUGCUGUUUCUUCCCUCACUAAAAUCAUCCAAGAGUAUAACUUGGAUGGGAUUGAUAUUGACUACGAGCAUUUUCAUGCAGAUCCUGAUACGUUUGCUGAGUGCAUCGGGAAGCUUGUAACAACCCUCAAGAACAAUGGAGUCAUCUCUUUUGCAUCUAUAGCUCCAUUUGAUGAUGAUGAAGUUCAAAGCCACUACUUGGCUCUUUGGAAGAAUUAUGCUCACGUCAUAGACUAUGUCAAUUUCCAGUUUUAUGCAUACGACCAGGGGACCACCAUCUCACAGUUUAUGAAGUACUUUCAGACACAAAGCUCCAACUAUAAAGGUGGUAAUAUCUUGGCUAGCAUAGCCACAGAUGGAAGUGGAGGUUUAUCACCAGAGAACGGGUUUUUCACUGCCUGUAAUCGGCUAAAAAGUCAAGGGAAGCUUGGUGGGAUCUUUGUAUGGUCUGCAGAUGAUUCCAAGGCUUCGGGUUUUCGCUACGAGAAGCAAUCACAAGCUUUGCUAGCAGCCCCUCGUUAG